AUGUCCGUUCCCAAAAAUCAAGCUGCAUGGCUCCGUAAAGCGGGUUCUCCCCUAGAGUUGGGAGAUGCCCCGCUGCCCACAGCUGGCCCAGGCGAACUAGUCAUCAGGAAUGCCGCCAUCGCAAUCAACCCUCUUGACUUCCAUAUGCAAGACUCCGGUGUUUUUAUACAGCAAUGGCCUGCCAUAUUCGGCUGCGACAUCGCCGGUGAGGUGUAUGAAGUUGGAAACAAUGUGGCAAGGUUCAAGAGAGGAGACCGUGUCAUUGGGCAUGCCAUCAAUCUGACUAGUGGCCGCCCUCAAGAUGGCGCUUUCGCUCUGUAUACUGUAAUUCCUGCAGACAAAGCGGCCAUACUCCCAGCGGAAAUCUCCUUCACGGAUGGUGUCGUCGUUCCCUUCGCACUGGAAGCGGCUGUUUGCGCGCUUUCCCUCAAGGAGCCCGGCAUCGCCAUGCCUGGUGUUGCUACACCCGCUCUGGGUAUUCCGUACCCCUCGCUACAUGAUGUGCCGUACUCAGGCAAGACACUUAUCGUGUACGGUGGCUCAUCUUCUGUCGGCUCGAUGGCAACCCAGGUUGCCACUGCCGCCGGUAUCCACGUUAUUUCUAUUUCUGGUGCGCACAAUUUUGACUUCUCCAAGCGAUGCGGAGCAGAUCGAGUUUUCGAUCACAAAGAUACUUCGCUUGUUGGGAAGGUUAUCGCGGCAGUCCGAGAGAGCGGCAGCGAGCUCAUUGGUAUCUUCGAUGCCAUAUCUACCCCCGAGACUUACGCCAAUGACAUCAAAAUACUUGAGCAGCUGAAUGGGGGCCAUCUCGCUUGCGUGCAUCCACCUCCACCCACUACUGAUCUACCUGCAAAUGUUAGAGCUGGUAUGAUAUUCGCUGUCAACGAUGUUGUGACGCCUGUUUGGAAGGAUUAUAUUACGCCUGCGUUGCAAUCUGGGAAGCUCCAGUGCCUCCCACCCCCAUUUAUUGUCGGCAAAGGAUUGGAGCACAUUCAAACCGCAUUGGAAAAGUCCAAGGCGGGAGUCAGUGCUAUGAAGCUGGUAGUUGAACUGUAG